AUGGCUGUGACCCAACAACCAGGCCGAUACGAACCCUCUGACUUCCAGACAGGCCUGUGUGAUUUCUGCGAUGACUGCGGAACCUGCUGCUGUGGUCUGUUUUGCUACCCAUGCCUGGGCUGCUCCAUUGCCAGAGACAUGGACGAGUGCUGCCUGUGUGGGCUGAGCAUGGCCAUCCGCAGCGUCUACAGGACCAAAUACAACAUCAAAGGGUCACUGUGUAGUGAUUUUAUGGCGGUCGCGUGUUGUCCCGUCUGUGCCACCUGCCAACUGAAGAGAGAUAUCGAUCGCAGGAAGGAGCAGAACAUUUUUUGAGCAGGUGAGCACCUUGUAACGGCUCUAAAACACACCCACACAAGUAAACCCCAUUUACACCACUUAACAAGGACCAGUUAUGUUUAAGUUUAUGGAGCUGCUGGAACUGUGA